CAGCCUUCACGCUCUUCAUUUCUCUGCUUCAUCUCCUUACGGGUUGACUACUGCUGCUGACCAUUGACAAUGGCGACUUUACUCCCGCCCCCGAAGCGACAAAAGGUCUACCAUGGUGUUCCCGAGCCAGAGAAGGAGGCACCGAAGCCCGCGCCGCAUGUCGUCGUGCAAUUUGUGAACGAGGAAGACGGCGAGCCUCUUGCCCCCGCCGUGAACCUACCCGCAAAUGUCUCAAAAGAAGGUCUUGAGGCGAUUGUGAACAAGCUGAACACGAAGGAUGAAGACCCAGUACCGUUUGCAUUCCAUGUAUCUCUGCCGGCCGACGACCAGACAGCCGGUGCGCCUACGCGCAUAACAAUCUCAAAAUCUAUCCAAGAAGAUGUGUUAUCGCAUCCUUUGCAUGCUUUCACCCCAGAAGAUGUCUUCAUAAUCCACUGCUCUCCCCAGGCUGUAUUCAAGGUCCGUCCAGCCACAAGAUGCUCUUCCACGUUGUCUGGCCACACCUCGCCGAUCCUCUGUGCGUCGUUCUCGCCAACCGGUAACCUUCUCGCCACAGGUUCGGGGGACUGCAACGCACGGCUAUGGGACCUGUUUACCGAGACGCCCUCGCACGUGCUGUCCGGACACAAGGGUUGGGUACUCUGUGUUGAAUGGGAAGCCAUGGAGAGGAAGCUUGCAACGGGCGGGCACGACGGACAUGUCCGGUUAUGGGACCCAAAGACCGGAAAGCCGAUUGGCGACGCUCUCAAAGGCCACACAAAAUGGGUCACCUCCCUGUCUUGGGAGCCGAUACAUCUGAACCCAUCCGCCCCACGCCUUGCUUCGUCCUCGAAGGAUGGAACGGUUCGUGUAUGGUCGACUCUCGUACGUCAGUGCGAAUACGCACUCGGAGGACACACUGCCAGCGUAAAUGUUGUUCGGUGGGGUGGCGGUGGUCUGAAUGGCAAGGGUGUGCUGUACACCGCUUCGAGCGAUCGGACUGUCCGGAUAUGGGAUGCGAACGGGGGAAAAUGCUUGCAUAUCUUGAAAGACCACGCCCACUGGGUCACGACGCUCACACUGAAUACCGACUUUGUGCUGCGCACGGGACCUUUUGAUCACCUAGGCAAGAAGACCAGCUCGGAUAGCGAGGCCCAAUCCCUCGCUCUUGCGCGUUACAACAAUCUUGUGUCCACAACAGGGGAACUCCUCAUUUCUGGCUCAGACGACCACACGCUCUUCCUGUGGUCAUUGUUUCCCUCGCGCACCACCUCCGCCGAGGCAUCCGCGGCUGCUGCCGAGCGUGGCGGCAAGCUCAAACCCCUCGGGCGGUUGACGGGUCACCAGCGCCAAGUCUCGCACGUCGCUUUCAGCCCAGACGGGCGGUGGGCAGCGAGCGCGGCGUGGGACAACUCCGUGCGCGUGUGGGACGGCCGGACAGGAAAGUUCGUCGCGACCCUCCGGGGCCACAUCGCGGCCGUCUACCGCCUCGCAUGGAGCGCAGACUCGCGGCUGCUCGUGAGUGCAAGCAAAGACAGUACGCUGAAGAUCUGGGACCUCAAGACGUACAAAAUAAAAAACGACCUCCCCGGGCACACCGACGAGGUCUACUGCGUCGACUUCGUCGCCGACAAGCUGGUCAGCGGCGGGCGCGACCGGACCGUGAAGAUAUGGAAAAACUGAGCGCAGAAGCGGCGUGUCGACGAGGAGGCUUUCGAGACGCCGUUGCCGGCAAUGCGCCUGAGUUGGUGCCGGUCCUAGCGCGGGGUUGGUGCUGCUGCUAGACGUAUGUAUGGGGGCUUUUGCCGGAAGCGAUCGAGGAUGGAGGCGAGGGGGAGAUGGGCAUCAAGGCGGCCGCGUUGGAAGCUGCGAACGAGUCGGAACGACGGGUUGGUUCCAUUCGGCGUUACUGAUCUGUGGCUCCUGCGUAGUAGUGCACAGUAACUUUGACACCCGCCUCAAUCAAGACAAGUGUUUCGAGGUCCUUGCUAGAAGGCUCGACGGUCGUAAUUCAUCAUGGACUGUGGGGAUGAUCGUUCGUCCCCAGCCUUGUUUUCG